AUGUCCAGACUCUAUGGCCCCCCUCAAGUGAAAGCUAAGCCCUAUUCCAAUGUGCUCGAAAUCCUCGAGUCCCAAGCAAACAAAAAGCUCAUAUCAGAGUACUCGACCGAGUUGGAGACGUACAUUGCUCGUCUAGAACUCGUGCUGAAACCAAAUCCUCUGAUGAUUGACUUGCAACCCGAGAUCCAAUGGUUCAUGAGGCCAUAUCUCUUAGAUUUCUUGAUCGAAUUGCACACCCUGUUCCGUUUACAGCCGUCUACAUUCUUUCUUUGCAUCAAUAUCAUCGACCGUUAUUGUGCUAAGCGUGUUGUAUUCAAGCGUCACUAUCAAUUGGUCGGAUGCACAGCUCUCUGGAUUGCAGGCAAAUACGAAGACAAGAAGCUGAGAGUCCCUACUUUGAGAGAGCUUGCUGUCAUGUGCCGUCUGGCCUUCGAUGAGGAAAUGUUCGUUCAAAUGGAAAUGCACAUCCUAGCUACUAUCGAGUGGCUGUUGGGUCAUCCAACCUUGGAAGAUCGCAUGCAAUUUGCAAUUAACGAGGCUGGAGUUUUCGCCAACGUUACUCCUACAAAAUAUUCCCGUCCGGUGGCUAGCACCGCAGCACAGAAAAUGUCUGCUGUCGCCGCAGUUGGACGCUUCUUUUGCGAGCUCUCAUUGUAUGAUCGUUUCUUUAUGACUAUACCUACUUCUUUGAUUGCAUUCACCGCUACCAUCAUGGCUGUCAAUAUGCUUGACAUCCCUGCAACACAAUCGUUUGUGCAAGAUCUCUUGGCCUCGAUUCUGAACCACGAACUUCAACACAGCCUGCCGGCAGGCGAGGAUGGAGAAAACCAGCCUCCUCUGAGAGGUUCCCCUAGGCUCGGUGGUCUCAAUGAUCUUGACGAACAAACCCUCCUCUCUGCAAAGAAAGUCGCAAUCGCUCUUUUAUUGCGUACUUCGACCCUCUCUGAGGUAUUAAAUCGCAAGUAUGCAAGAUUAGGAGUCAUCCCAGUGGUUUUGAACUUCACUAAUACCCACCCUCGUAUCUCGGAAACCAUCUACCAAAGAGGUGGAUGUGUUGUUGACGAGGACUUGGAGCAAUUGCCCUCUGACUUAAACUUCGCCGCUGAUGUUUUGUUGAACCUCGCUCCAAGAAAGGAUUCUGCUUUCUCUGAAAACUCAGUCUUACCUCCAACUCCUCCACUGGCAACUUCCCAAGUUCUGAUAUUCUCCAACAUGGGAAGCUCCGCUUGUGCAUCCCCUGCCCUUCGCUCAGACACAAAUUCAAUCCCUGCAUACUCUCCGGUCAACAACGAGUGUUCGCUGAAUUGGCAACUGCCUGUUCCAAUGUCAAAGAUCGUACAAUAA